AUGAUUUUCAAUAAAACUUUCAUUCUAUCUGUUUUCAUUCUUUUUCAAAAUUUGCCGUAUGCUUCGGGAUUAUCGUAUAAUGAUUUGAGAAAAAAUUUGAUUCCCGAUCUUUCCACCUUGGACGAAAAUCAAAUCAUUGAAUUAAUAUAUUUUCCGUGUCAUGAGCAUUGCAUUAAAGUAAAUGAUGUUUCAAAUGUAAAUGUACUUUUGAAUCCAACUUUAAGGACCAAUCAGAUUUCACUUGAGAAUAAACAGGCAGGAAACUGGCAAGUACAAAAACAAUUAUUUGCAUUCAUGAUUGGAGAACUCGUGUCAAAAUAUUUGGAUGUCAACUUAAGUAGCGAUUGUCAAAGUAUUAAGAUCAAAUUAAUGAAGCAAAAUAAGAAAGAGCAUGAUGUCAUCACUCGUAAUGCUUACGAUGAUUCAUCAUCACCGUCAGAUACAUCACCGAAAACAUAUUCAUUCAAGGUUGAUAAAAAGGUUUCAAUCGAAACCUGCGAGGCAUUCACCUCGAUGUGUGAUAAGAUGAUUUCGACGACAUGUUCUUCAAAGAGCACAAUCAAAAAUAACAGUUGUUCACAAUUAUCAUCAAAUCGAUUCACAUCGAAAUGCUUUUGCGAUAAUGAUAAACAAGUUUCAUUUUCCGAGAGGAUUUCAGAAAUGUUACAACCAAGUAGCAUUAAAGUUACAUCAGACCAUUGCAAUUUUAAUUGUCAUGAAUAUCAAAGGGCGUGUAAUGAGAAAUGUAAAGUUGUAUUUGCAAUAAUGGAGUUCGAAAAACAAAUAGAAUCCUUGACUCCUUUAAACAUAGAUGUGAAUUUAAAUUAA